AUGUCGGAGCGGGCCGUGGAUGACGUCAGGGGGGAGCCGCGCCGAGCGGCGGCGGCAGCGGGCGGAGCAGCGGCGGCGGCCGCCCGGCAGCAGCAACAGCAGCAGCCUCCGCAGCCUCAGCGGCAGCAGCAGCCGCCGCCGCCGCCGCCGCGGCGCCUCCGGCCGGAGGACGGCGGCCCCCCCGCCGCCUCCACCUCGGCCGCCGCCGCAAUGGCGACCGUCGGGGAGCGCAGGCCCCUGCCCAGUCCAGAAGCGAUGCUGGGACAGUCGUGGAAUCUGUGGGUCGAGGCUUCCAAACUUCCUGGGAAGGACGGGACGGAAUUGGAUGAAAGUUUCAAGGAGUUUGGGAAAAACCGCGAAGUCAUGGGGCUCUGUCGCGAAGACAUGCCAAUAUUUGGUCUGUGUCCAGCCCACGAUGAUUUCUACUUGGUGGUGUGUAACGACUGUAAUCAGGUUGUCAAACCGCAGGCAUUUCAAUCACAUUACGAAAGAAGACAUAGCUCGUCCAGCAAGCCUUCUUCGGCCAUUCCUCCCACUUCAGUAUUUUCCUUCUUCCCUUCUCUGUCCAAAAGCAAAGGAGGCAGCGGGAGUGGAAGCAGCCGCUCUUCCGGUGGAGGUGUCCUAAGCGCAUCCUCAUUUAGUUCCAAGUUGCUGAAAUCACCCAAAGAGAAAUUCCAGCUCAGGGGGAACACCAGGCCAAUGCAUCCCAUUCAGCAAAGUAGAGUCCCCCAUGGUAGAAUCAUGACGCCCUCUGUCAAAGUGGAAAAGAUUCAUCCGAAGAUGGAUGGCACACUACUGAAAUCUGCGGUGGGGCCCACCUGUCCUGCUACUGUGAGUUCCUCAGUCAAGCCUGGCCUUAACUGCUCCUCAAUACCAAAGCCAACCUUGCCUUCACCUGGACAGAUUCUGAAUGGCAAAGGGCUUCCUGCACCAUCCACUCUGGAAAAGAAGUCUGAAGAUAAUUCCAAUAACAGGAAAUUUUUAAAUAAGAGAUUAUCAGAAAGAGAGUUUGACCCUGACAUCCACUGCGGGGUCAUCGACCUCGACACCAAGAAGCCCUGCACCCGGUCUUUGACAUGCAAGACACAUUCCUUAACUCAGCGGAGGGCUGUCCAGGGUAGAAGAAAACGAUUUGAUGUGUUAUUAGCCGAGCACAAAAACAAAACCAGGGAAAAGGAAUCGAUUCGCCAUCCGGACUCUCAGCAACCAACGCAGCCUCUCAGGGACCCGCAGCCCGCCCCUCCUAGACCUUCACAGGAGCCACACCAAAACUCUCACGGAGUGAUUCCUUCUGAAUCAAAGCCUUUCGUAGCUAGUAAACCUAAACCUCACACCCCCAGUCUUCCAAGGCCUCCAGGCUGCCCUGCUCAGCAAGGUGGGAGUGCCCCCAUUGACCCUCCUCCAGUCCAUGAAUCUCCACACCCUCCCCUGCCUGCCACUGAGCCAGCUUCUCGGUUAUCCAGUGAGGAGGGAGAAGGCGAUGACAAAGAAGAGUCUGUUGAAAAACUGGACUGUCAUUAUUCAGGUCAUCAUCCUCAGCCAGCAUCUUUUUGCACAUUCGGGAGCCGGCAGAUUGGAAGAGGCUAUUACGUGUUUGACUCCAGGUGGAACCGGCUUCGCUGCGCCCUCAACCUCAUGGUGGAGAAGCAUCUGAACGCGCAGCUGUGGAAGAAAAUUCCCCCGGUGCCCAGCGCCACACCCCCCGUCUCCACACGUGUUCCCCAUCGGACGAACUCGGUGCCGACAGCACAAUGUGGGGUUGGCUGUCUGGCCACAGCCACUGUGUCGACAUCCCCCGUCCUGCUCUCGGCCACCUGCAUCUCCCCAAACAGCAGAUCGGUACCAGCUCAUGGAACCACACUAAAUGCACAGCCCGCCGCCUCUGGGGCAAUGGAUCCUGUGUGCAGUAUGCAAUCCAGACAAGUGUCCUCUUCAUCCUCGUCCCCCUCCACCCCCUCUGGCCUUUCCUCAGUGCCCUCCUCCCCGAUGUCCAGGAAACCUCAGAAGUUGAAAUCCAGCAAGUCAUUAAGGCCCAAGGAGCCUUCUGGUAAUAGCACUAACUGUCACAAUGCCAGUAGCGGUACCAGCGGCGGCUCAGGAAAGAAACGCAAAAACAGCUCCCCGCUGUUAGUUCACUCUUCCUCCUCCUCCUCCUCCGCUUCUUCUCAUUCCAUGGAGUCUUUUCGCAAGAACUGUGUGGCGCACUCUGGGCCUCCCUACCCCUCCACGGUAACAUCUUCCCACGGCGUGGGCCUCAACUGUGUGGUAAAUAAGGCGAACUCCGCGAGUGUCCGGCACGACCAGUCAGGGAGGGGCCCCCCGGGGGGGAGCCCCGCUGAGUCCAUCAAGAGGAUGAGUGUGAUGGUGAACAGCAGUGACUCCACGCUUUCUCUCGGCCCGUUCAUUCACCAGUCGAGCGAGCUGCCCGUCAGCUGCCACGGCGGUUGCUCACACGCUCACACUCCCCUGGACAGACUGCUAGGAAAGAAGAGAAAGUGCUCGCCCGGCUCCGGCGGCGCCAAACCCACGAAGGUUGCCAGAUUGCCAGCCGCCAACAACGUGCAUAUGAAGCACGCGGGCGCCAGCCCGGGGCCCCCAGGACUGACGAACAGUUCCCUCCCUCAUCAGCGUGUCUCCUCUCCUUGCCUGCACUCGGGGAUGUCAGCAGCACCCCCCCAGAGCCCUGAGGUACGGUCCAAAGGCACGUCCCUGACAGCUGAAAAUAGCGCGGGGAGGAAUAAUCUGGACACUUUUGACGACAAGUUACACCUCCACUCAGCACUAUGGACUCCACGAUGCCUUUGAGUCUGUUUUCCCAACCUCCUGUGGGCCUCGAGGGUAGAAAUCUGCCGGGCUGUUGUUGUAACGAGGAUUUCCCUGAAGCUAUGUCUGUAGCAGUGAGUACGUGUAAAGGACACUGGAUCAAGUUCAGCCACCGAAUUGCUUCUGUCAGUGUUAACGUGGUCUGGACUGCUUGCUACCAAUCUGUGAGAAGUUGUUGCUUUGUUUUUUUAACUUGCGGUAAAUCAUGGAGCCACUCUUUGAGUAGAUUGGCGGGGCGAAAGAAUGUCUUGGCAAGAGCAUUACUGUAGACUUUUCUCCCUUCUUCCCCCUUCCCGUCCCAGUUCUUUUUUUACACUGUCUUCUGUAGGUCACCCUCCAGCAGUUAGGUCCCCCAUCUGGAGACGCCUUCCAGAGGAGAGCAGAGCUGCGCCCUGAGCAACCCUUCAGAGAAGGCAUGUGCUGUUAGGUUUUUAUAGCAAUGUUCCGGGAAUGGAAUAUGGACGUUAGCACGAGGCAUCAUGACAAAAUAGCCUGUAUUUUCCCCCAGCUUUUUGCAAGUAAUUUGGGGUAAGAAGCUGUCAAAAGUUUCUAACUUACAAACUGGUUUAAAGCCAUCGACGCCCAGAGAGCAAGUAUACCACAUUGUAGAGGCUUACUUUUCAAGGUACUUUUCAUUCUAUGUGAUUUUUUUUUUUUAAGAAAAUGCAAAUGCAAACUAGUUUUGAUAAUGG